GAGCCCAAAUUUGGUCGCAAGAUCAAGAAUUUCAAGGGAUGAAGAGUAUGAUUUUGACGAUGCCACGUCCAAGCUGACACCUCUAUCGGUAGUGGCGGAUGCGUUUGUAGAGCUUUCUGAAGUGGUGAAGGCCAAUGGCUUUGAUUAUGAUCUUGAUUUGAAGACAUUUUGUGAUGCAUGUUCGCUUGUUUCUCAUCUCUUUGGUUGUUUGGGCAAGCCUUUUAAAUUUGCUGAAUUGGAUUAUCGUUCCAAGGUGAGUGAUCUUGCAGAAGCAUCAGAAAGCUAUGGAACUUUAAACAACAUUCUCAAUUUUGAUGUGCAAAACGACACGGUGAGGGUACGGGGAAGUCUUUCACGUUAUCUGCGCAGAGUCAGACAGGGUCUUGAUCUCCUCCGAGCUCUAUUCCAAAACUUUGUUUCAUCAGAUGAUACCUGUUUGAAAGAAGCAGCCUCAACAGCUUAUGCAAAAACAUGCGCACCAUAUCAGACGUGGGCUGUGAGGACUGCUGUUUCGAUGAAUCGGCACAAAGGGAAAUGGUAA